AUGAGUAACUGCCCUUCGAGAUCGAAUAAGGACUCUACUGCUAUUGCACCCGUUGCUGCAGUUGGGAACGAUGUUGGCCUUGGCCUUGAACUUUCCCCACCUAUCGUCGAGAUAGCUUUCCCAGACCUGAAAUAUACUAUCACUGCGCUGGUCAAAUUCUUGCUAUCGGGAAACUCUACGAAUAUCAAGGUUGACUGCUUACCAUAUAAAACAGUGGUCAAGCAUGUAGGAGGCCCCGAGAUAUUCGUUGGGAUGGUAUACGACACUAUCGACCCACUAGCCAAGUCUCUCCAGGGCAAGAUCAUCGAUAUUGAGAAACUUGACGAUAUCCGCCAAAAGCAAGCCACAGGCCUAGAUAUUUGGCAUUGCUCCAAUGGGGGUUACCUGGACUAUAUAAGAGACACCCGCAGCCCUUUGUACUGGCGUGCAUAUGUUGGCCAAUCAGAAAACCUCCAUCGGCGGAUUUCCCAGCAUACGAAUGCUAUUCGCAAGGGUUCUGCAAACAACCUACAUUAUUAUAUCAUAAAAGAAGGGGCAGGUUAUCGUUACGCCAACUUCAUUCGACUGUGGACAAUUCCGUUCCCUGGAAGCACCGAUCGCGUAACUAGAAGUGUUUUUAAUAAUGUUCUUGAGAAAGUCAUGUGUCUCGCUUUUCAGUCUCUGCCUGCUCGGACGCUGGAGCAGGUUUUUGGCCCGCCUGAGAAUGGAAAGUACUCCGGCAUUGGAUUAAAUGUUGUUUCGCCUCUUUUUCAAGGCAGGGAGCUGGGAUAUACUGUUCGUGAUCAGGCCGUGUGCUUACUGGAAGAGUCUCCCGAUCCGGAAAUCAAGAAAUGGCCAAGCUUCCGAAGGAGUUUAAAGGCUCAGCGGGACCAAGAUAGCCAGCAGUCCCAUAAGAGCGUUAAACCGUCGUUCUGGAACAGCAUGACCCCAUUCGAUCAUCUUGCAGCAUUAUGGGACGCCAUAGAAACAAAUACUGAGCUGGAAAACCCCCACUUGCCGCAACCUGAGGGUAGUAUAUGGAGAAUACAGGAAGAGGAGCCCAUAGAUCCCAGCUCUUGGUUCGAAUCGGUAUCGGCUAGCAUAUUGCAGCAGGGCAAUUUGACACAGGCUGACCUUGAAAGUCCUUUUGGCAGCACUCGAGCCCCGAUCGGUAUCAUCCUAGAUCAUGCACCGUCGUGUGCAUAUGGGGAUGGCCGGCCUAAUCUUCCAUGGGGGUUGCAUGAGAGCGGCUUCACCGAAACAAACUCGUUGAUCUGGUCCUUCAAUCUCCAGAAAUUUACAUACAUCUCCGGUACAUUUCAGGCAGCUCCACUUCAUAUUGCUGAUGAACAUAUGCUCUCUGCACACACCUGGCGGCUCAUCUGUGGAAGCCAGAUGCGGGUAAUCUUGCUAUGUGGCCAUGAUUCGGAGAGAAUAGCAAUGCCGGCCAAUAUACGCCUCAGGAGUUUUAUUCUGAAACUACAUGAUUUUGAGUAUCAAGUAUGGCUUGAUAUCGAAGAGUCUAGGGUUAACCGAACUUUUAUUCGCUCGCCUGCUCCUCUCGGCGGCCUUUGGGCUACCAAAGCCAGAGAGGCAUGUCAGUUAGGGACAUUAUUUCGAUUUGUUUCCCAUAUAACCGGCACGAAGCUUAGACAGGGCUUCUAUGAGUCAGCUGUUUCGCUUGCUCUGAUAAUUCGGAACUGGGACGAUGAAAACAAUAAAAAAAUGGAGAAAAUAGCCCCGGCAAAUCUCGAGCCCCUCCUGCAAGCUUGGUUGGCAAAGAAUGGUUUCGAGACUGAGGAGCAGAUUCGUCGACUUGAACAGUCAGCUGGGGGCUCUUUGCGCUACGGUCUUCUCGUCCUUAGCCUUGUUGUUCCCAGACAAGUAAGGUCAACUGGUGUACGCCCCAUCCCUGAUUCAAAAGCCAAGCGACGUGGCACUAUAGACAGAAACAUCCUAAGCGCAGUCAAAUCACUUUAUCUAGAACUUCAUCCCGGGAGCUCAACACCUGAAGAGUACAAAGUGACUGGUGAGUACAAUGCGGCUGAUGAGCAUGCCAUCCAUGAAGCAGCUAUGUGUGGAAUUAUGCUGGAUGAUGAAGAUUCAGACCGAGAAUAUACUGAAAUUCCGGAACCAAAGCUAGCUGCAAACACGCGAAUUGGCAAUUUCAAGAACCGGUUGUGUCUGGCCUUGGGCUGCUGGUAUCAAGGCCGUGAGCGAGCUCCAGGCCAUUAUAGUAACCACAAGGGAGGAUUCUGGGUCAAGGCUGAACUUUCCCCACCUGGUGUUAGAAACCCCAAUGUCUGGGCGCAAGAUAUCAGGGAUGGGGACCCCGGAGCUCGACUGGCAUUCCGUAUUUCAAUAAAGGAAUCUGAUGGUCAAGAGACCUUUGUCCGAUAUGCAAGCCAUAAAAGCUGGCAGUCGUGCUGCAAAGCAAAUACACUUGUGGAUGAGCUUAAUGGUGACCAGCUUCUUGAGAUAUAUACUCGUCCUCGGCGCUUCAUCGACAUUGAUCACCGAAAUACCAGGAUACUUGCAGCUUACCCGGCAUUGAAGAGUUUUAUUGGGGGUGCAUUUACAGAUGACAAUGGAGUGGUAAUGUCCCGUAAGCGAGAGGAUAUCUAA